AUGCAUAUUACCUUGUACAACUACGAUCCCGAGGUGAUGUCGGAACUGUUGAGUUGGCCUUUUGCGAUUUUUAACCCGUACCUACUUUUUCAAGAUCACCCAAACUACAAAUCCUGCUUUCCAAAGCUGCGCCAUCUGAACGACAUGGAUUUAAUAAAUACCGAAGAGUUGAGAAGUCACACUGACCUGUUUUUGACAAACCUCAGAGUCCUCAUUUACAGUCUGGAUAAUCCUAACGAGUGCUUCUACGAAUUGGAAAGAGCAGCCAUUGCUCACGAGAAGACGAACAUCAAACGAUACCAUGUUGAGGCCAUGUUUCCAAUCCUUAUAGAGACGCUCUGUCAAUCAGGCAUAGUGGACGAGAAAACAUACGUUACUUGGAAGAAGCUUUUUGACGCCAUGAACCUUUAUCAAGACAUGAUUAGAAAUGGAGUCAUUCAGAGCCGUAGCGAAAAGCCAUAG